UUUUUUUUUUAAUUUUAAUUGCCGCUGCUUAUAUAAGCGUCUAGUUCUUCCCCCAAACAAAACCCUAAUUUUAAACCCACACAUUGCGUUUCAAUCUGAUUUGAUUCGCAUCAAGAAGGGAGAAGUGUACAGAGGGCAAGUGAACAUGAGUGUGUGGGUGGGAGAGAGUGAUGUGGUUGGGAAGAGUGGGAGGAAGGGUAAGAGAAGUCAGAAGAUUGAGAAGGGUGGGGAGGAAGAGGUACGUGAUCGUCCGGAUGUGGAAGAAGGUGGAAUUGUAAAGAGUGGGAAGAAGGGGAAGAGAAGUAAGAAGAAAGAGAUGGAUGGGGUGGAAGAGGUAACUGAUCGUAUGGAUGUGGUAGAAGAUGGAAUUGGAAAUAGUAGGAAGAAGAAAGAGAUGGAUGGGGUGGGAGAGGUAAUGGAUUGUCUGGAUAUGGAAGAAGAUGGAAUUGAAAAUAGUAGGAAGAAGGGGAAGAAAAGUAAAAAUAAAAAGAUGGAUGGGGUGGGAGAGGUAACUGAUUGUAUGGAUGUGGAAGAAGAUGGAAUUGGAAAGAGUAGGAAGAAGGGGAAGAAAAGUAAAGAGAAGGAUGGGGCGGAAGAGAUGAAUGAUCAGACUAAUGUGGAAAACGAUCGAAACUUGGAAUCUACAGUUGAAAAUAAGAAAAAGAAGAAUAAGGGAAAUGACAUGGUUGCUGGCGGGGAAUCAAUGACUGAUCCUCAAGAUAAAGAAUAUAAAGUUGAAAAACGGAAGAAGAAGAAGAAAACAAAAACCUUUGAGAAUCAAGAUGCAUUAAAUAAGAAGACUGAAACUGAAGCUAAAGAGAGGAACAACAUUGCAGGGAAUGUGGAGAAGAAGAAAAAGAAGAGGAAAAGGACGGUGGAAGAAGAAGAUGAUAAUGACAAAGGACAGACGAAUGGUUGCUAUGGAGAAGAUCAUGUAAAUUCUUUACCUGAUGACAAUGGUAUGGUUACUAUAGGGAAGGUUAAGAUGAUGGAGAAGAAGAAGAAGCGGCAGAGGAAGAAUGAGGAAAUAACGGGAAAGGACGGGCUUUUAAGUAAGGCAAAAGAUAAUGAAACCACGAAUGUUUCAGGAAAGGAUAAGACCGAGUCAGAAAAUAAGGAUCCUGAAAAUCCUAAAUCAAAAGUAAAGAAGAAAGUUAGGUUUUCUAAUGAUUUAGAGGUUUUUCCAUCUAAUAGCCUAGUUCAAGGUAAGAGAUUCACUCCGGAAGAAGAUGAGAAGUUGAGAGCAGCUGUUAAAGAGUAUAUACAGUCACAUUGCUUAGGUGAAAAAGGUGUGGAAAUGGUCAUGAAUUGUAUUUCUCACCGACAAGUAAGGAACUGUUGGAAUGAAAUAAAUAAAGCGUUACCAUAUAGGCCUAAAGCAGCGAUAUAUUGCCGUGCUCAUACAUUGUUUGAGAGAGGUGAGACACAUGAAUGGACUGAAGAAGAAAAAGAAAUGCUUCUGGAACAGUAUAAAAAGCAUGGUAACAAUUGGAAGCUGAUGGCUAAAGAAUUUAAGAGACAUAGACUUCAGGUGAAGGAUACAUAUCGUAGAAUAAAAAGGGAACGAAAUAGAGGACAUUGGUCCCAAGAAGAAUACCAAACCUUGUUUGACAACGUGAAUAUUGAUUUGCGAGCUAAGCUUGAUGAAGAGAAGAAAUCGAAGCAUGGAAUGUUACGAGAUAAUAUAUGUUGGACUGCAAUCAGUGACAAAUUGUCAACUAGAGCCGACUCACUUUGCUGUAUGAAAUGGUACAAUCAGUUAACAUCUCCUAUGGUUGCUCAGGGUAUAUGGGCUGAUUCUGAUGAUUACCGUCUGCUUGAUGCACUUUUUAACUUAGAUGCAUGCUGCAUAGAGGAUGUAGAUUGGGAUGACCUGAUGGAUCAUAGGUCUGGUGAUGUAUGUAGGAAGCGUUGGGACCAAAUGGUGCUUCACAUAGGCUUACAUGGGGUCAAGUCUUUUUCUGAGCAAGUUGAAGUUCUGGCAAAGCGAUACCGUCCAGAACUAACUGAAGCACGGGAGGCUUGGGACAGCAAACCUUUGGUCCCAUGACAUAGCAGACAGUUAUAUACUGCACAAAUUACUUCUCUGGAUAUGACAAAGCCUGAGAUGGAGCUAGUAGAGCAAGGUCCAGAUUUCAUAGCACUGUUCCUCCAGUUCAAAGCUUCUGCGAUGGACCUUAUCUCUGUUCUUGAGCAGAAACAAACGACUGGAGGGAGGACAAAAGUUUCCAGUUCACAAGCUGGCAGAUAUUUGUGUUGCUAGUUUCGAGAUAAACUUUGAAGAACAGAUUUCUAUGUUUAGACUCGGUUUAUGUGAAAGUUAGACUUUAAAAGCUACUGAACUAGUUAAUUGGCAUUUGCAGGUAAUAUAUGGAUAUAGCACAUGAAAUGAAUAACUAAAUUUCCUUGUAUUGAGCCUAUAUGGCUUAAGUUAUCUUUUCCUUGUUUCAGUCGAUCUGUGUAGCAGAGGAGAUUAUGGAAAGAAAGGAUAUUUGGCCCUGAAACAGCUUAUCUUGCUGCCCUUUCUCUUCUCCCUAUAUCCCUACCCUUUUUUGAAUUUCUUUAUUGACUUUUUUUGUUUUUCAGAAAUAUAUGCAACAAGCAGAUUGAUUGAAAUGAUUAUGUUCAACUUGUUUGAUUUCUCGAUAUUUAUAUUAUAUGUUUUUCAUUUAUAAGC